AUCCCUGCCCCCACGCGCCAGCGCACGCACACCUAGCCAGUGGAAAAGAAAAAGGGUUACUCACCUCCAUCCACUCGACGAAGAUUUCCAGGCGGCGAUGGGAGGGCGUUAGCUCUCCUGAAGGAUGAAUAAAUACGCAGCCCUGCUGGCAGCCUGCUCACAGUCAGGUCGAGGUGGAAGGGCAGCCCGAGGUCUGGCUCUCCCGGCGCCUGCGAGACCCCGUCCCAGCACCAUGCACGGCAUAGCCAUCUGCCUGAUGGUCCUCUUCUCAGGGACAGUGGCCCGCAAGCCUGGCCUGCAGGGGCAGGAUCGCCUCUUGGUCAGACUGCGCCAACUUAUUGAUGUUGUUGAUCAGCUGAAAAAUUACGUGAAUGACUUGGACCCUGAAUUUCUGCCAGCUCCAGAAGAUGUGAAGAAACACUGUGAGCGAUCAGCAUUUUCCUGUUUCCAGAAGGUCCAGCUGAAGUCGGCAAACGCAGGAGACAGCGAGCAGACAAUCAGCCUGUUGACCAAACAGCUGACGCGGACACUGCCCCCCACCAGCUCGGGGAGAAGACAGAAACAGAGACAAGUGUGCCCUUCAUGUGAUUCCUAUGAGAAAAAACCGCCCAAAGAGUUCCUAGAAAGACUGAAGUCGCUCAUCCAAAAGAUGAUCCACCAGCACCUCUCCUAGAGCCCGGGAGGGGAGCUUCCCGAGGCCCCGCGGCAGCUGGACACUAGGGGACACGCUCUACCACGGCAGCGAGACGCACUUCUGGCACUCCACACGCAGGGGCACGGCACUCCAGUGAGCGGAGGGGAACUCAGACCAGGUUCAAAGUCGGGAUUGUUUCCCCCUCGUCACUGUGUCAUGCUUCAGUUCAGUCCACGUGGUCUGUGUUUGUCCAACUUGAAAAAACCGCCUACUCAUCAGAAUCUGGUUUCCUAUGUUACGGAUUUCUAUGACUUCUAAAAUUUGUGCUUACUGGCCCAACUAUCACAUUUCUUGGUUAGGCAGAGGCUUAAAAUUUUUAACCAAAAAUACAGCUUGGGCAUUUAUCGAUCUUCUAUUAACUUUGAUUGUGUUUACCACAAGAAUGAGGCCUCUUAUAAUCAUAACCUAGAAGUUACACACCUUUGUUCAAGCUGGAAUAGAGAGAAGCGUGGGGUCAGAAUGGACAGUCGAAGGAAGUCUUUAGUUGCCUAAUGGAAUGAAAACGGAGUGUUUAGAAACGUGCACCUGAAGAGUUUACUUUCUAUCACAGAAUGUCUAACAUGUAAAUGUAUAAUUUAUUUAUGUGCCAGGGGGUCUCUUUACCAGAUGGCUACACAAAAAGUCUCACUUCCUUAUUGGGAUAUAUCAAAUAUUUAAAUAGCGUAGAUAUGAAUGUAUUUAUGAAAUGGACUCUUU